GACCCACAGGUUUUAAAGAGACCCCCCCAGACAGAGCAGGACUACCUUCACGCCUAUGACACCUGCGCAAAAUACUUCGACAGACUGCUUCCUGCUGAUGCUGUCCACUUCCUGGAUGACAUAACAUUCUCUCCACCAGCUGUCAAUCAGCUCAGUGUGAGUGUGCGGGUGGAGGUGAUGAAGAGGGGGAUGAAGGCUCUGCGGCAGCUCAGAGAGAAGAGUAGAAAAAGGGGUGUGGACGACGUGGAGUCAGACAGAAGCGACACCUCCAGCUUUGACCACGCCCUCUCCCACCUGCAGCAGUCCUUGGCUCACCUGGACACGCUAGGCCACUCCUUCAUCAUGUCACUCAAAGAUAGCAACCAGGAACGGUUGCAGAGCUACAGUCGUACCUAUGAUCUCUCCCGCUCUGAACGGUCCAAAGUCCAGGCCCUGGCUGUCACCAUGGCGACAGACGGACAGCCACUGGGGCAAAUCGGAGAGCUGCUGGGCAUCGCUGUGGGCAACCUGGACCUGUCAAUCAAAACCGUUCUGCAGGUGGCCGUGGAGAAUGUAGUCUCUGCCCUCAG